AUGAAUAACACUGAGUACGAGUAUAACCGAGCCUGUAUCGUCGUCAAUGGCAAUGUAGGCAGCACAGCACACAGGCCUCCGUCCAGGAAAGACUUCGUCAACUCGCUGAGGAAAGGACAGUUCCUCAGGUACAAUAAGUUCUUUGAAGAGGAGAUUAACAGAACUGUGGAGAACAACAACCGCGGGAUUUAUACUAACUGUAUUGAGUUUAUCAAACAACAUUGUAUUAAAUGUUUCUCUAAGGAUGUGCCUACCAACAUUGUGAUUACUAAUUGUGAGAGCAGUUCAAACAACGACACCCAGUUUGGUUCUCUCUUUGAUGCUCUCAAGAGACAUCAGAUCCUCAAUUUCGUAAUUGAUGAGAAGAAGUGCGGGACUACUAAGAAUAUGAUAAGUUACAUCCAAAAAGGCGUAGGAGAUCUCUUCGGCCCAGAAUACAAAUCUCAAGGCGAUCACUCAGACGAAGAACUCAAAGUAGUCGUCUCCUCUGACGAAAGCUCCUCAGGUGAUGAAGACAGCGAAGACGACCAAGAAGAGAGGCGAAGAGGAAUUUCCCAAAAAUCUCAAAAGGACUAUCCCAUGGAAGACCAGGAGAACACUGCUCCGAAAUCAUACUCGCUUGGGAGGCCUCUUCCAAGCGAGAAAAAGUGAGAGCCCUACCAAAGAGGAGAUGAUGACUUUGAAGAUUAUACUAAAGCAUUCGCCAAGGCGCCAUAUUGGUAUUUAAGGGGUUUAGGAGACCUUGAGAGAGAAACUAAAGCAAGCUCACUCGCAACGGAUAAGAUAGGAUUCUCUGGAGUCAAGAAAAUGAUAAAGAAUGCACAGUGAAAGCAUCCCAUUGUGAUUGUUAUUCAGAACAUUAAGACUUUCCCUACUGACAACCUGAAUGAUUUGAUAUAUCUGAUCAAGAAGUACCGAGCGAAGCAUAAGUUAAAGUUGUGCUUGAUGUUGGGAGUUAAAUCGAACAGUUAUGAAGAUCUGAUGUCCAAAAUAAGUAUAACUACUUCGAACUUCAUGAUUGUGAAAAAGUUCUAUUUCCCCUCAAUCAAACGCAUCUUGCUUGAGGUGAUCUACCGGUUAUUAAAAUCUAAAAGAAAUUGCUAUAUAUUUGGCACGAAAUUCCUCAGCUCGAUAAUAGAGAAUAUCCAAGUCUAUGGAUUGAGCCUGGAGAAGUUCAAGCGAAUAAUGCACUUCCUGAUUGCCCACCACUUCCGUACUAACAAGUACUUCUUCGUGAAUGGCAUGAUACAACCAAGUGAGGAAAUCGAGCUUUUGGAUCAAAUCAAGAACGAAGAUAUGGAUCUUAAGUGCUUAAAAGUAGUAAUGAAGCAGUUUGAAGAACAGAAUGAUAAUCUGCGUGAACUCGAGAACUGCAUUAAAUCCUUAAAUAUGUCCUCUACAGAGAUCAUAGAGACACCUGCAGAAGAGCUCAAAGGAGUACUCUACGAAUUUUACAAGAAAAAGAUGCUUUAUUUUAAAGCGUAUGACCUGCUAGAAGAACUCUGUAUUUACUUCUUGGCUGCAGAUUCCAAAGGAAACGAAGGAAUUUUCAAGAACUGCUUCUGACUUAACAUCUUUUCGUGCAAAACCGUCGACCAGAAGAUGAAAGUAGUGGUUGAGGAGCUGGAAGUCCCUGACUGGAGCAAAGUCACUGAUUGGCUCCUGGAUCAGUUGAGUAAGAGGAAAUCCAGAUUUCUAAUUCAGUGACAUAAGGAUCUCCAAGAGAGAAUUUCACAAGCCAAGAGCAUUGAUGUUACUAUGGGAGGUAAAUCAAAACCCUCAAAUCGUACUAAGAAGCUAAUCAAUAGCUUUAGCAAAGAUGUCUUCCAAAAAGAGGAUACUGAGAUAACUCUAAACUCUCAAGACCAUGAGAAGAUCUUCAAAGGGUGGCUGAAAAACUAUAUUUUCUGAUACCUAAACCUGGACCUGAGCAUGAUCGAGAAAGAGGCAUUCAUACUUGAGAAUUCUCAAAUGACCGCGAGAAUUAGUCCAGAUAUUCAGGGAAAUAUGGCAAAGUCCAUAAUGGACUCUGCUGAUUGCAUCUUCACUAACUUUAAAGCUAACUAUGAGGUCAAAUCCAAAGACGACCUCAAAAAGAGUGAUGAAGAGUACUUAACCCAAUACGAGAAGGAUGUAACCAAGCUGAUGGAGGGAUACAGGCUUUAUGGCAAGGAUAUCGAUGUUAAUGACUGGUACAAGAAGUUUUGACACAAAAUUCGAGAUGAAGAAAGACCUCCAGAUAAUAGAGACAAGCAUGAACCAGCUGUUUUAGCAGAUAGAUUCUUGAAAGCACUGGGAGAUCUCAAAUUUAUGGGCUUUAUUAGUGAAAGUGGCAGAGGAACGUACAUAUUUAAAAGAAACUAUUUUGGCAAAAACAUGCUGAAGUUGAUAUAAAGGUGGAUAAAUUGCGCUAAUUUAGUUGA